AUGGCACUGCUCACAAGCGGUCCUCUUGGGAGGCAUGUAGCCUACGAGGUCUUUCUUAGUAGCCAUUUGGCCUUCGCAGUCAUCCUGGUAACAACACUAUGGACACACGUCUACGCAAUCGAGACAUUAGCCGGCGUGCUUCUCAUCACUUCGACCAGUACGUUCCUUCUAUGCCUACUCUACCAGAUGGUUUGCCAGUGCUAUCGCAACAUUGGCAUGAGUCCUCUGGACAUCACGUACAUUGCACAAGCCGAACAGACUAUGCAAGAGGCACAGAAUACUCCAGUCGAUCCUGGUACACCCGUGGCGCGCACCAAAGGAUGUCUUAUGCUUAAGCUACGCCUGCCACGGCCACUGCUGGUUCACCCAGGUCAGUACGUCUAUCUUACGGUGCUUUCUGGAAGCUUGUCCCCUUUCCAGCGGCAUCCAUUCGUCGUUGCUUGGUGGGGCAGUGAACCCAAAUCAGGGCUGCGAAGCAAUCCUGAUAGCUCCUCGACCAGCACAGGGACGUUUAACGGAGUGCAGGACAUCUAUCUCCUGAUCGAACAGCAGAGGGGCUGGACGUCUUACAUCCAGCGGUACUGUCCAUUGCUUCCAAUGAGACGAGCUUGGCUGGAAGGACCUUAUGGUCCAGUGACCAAAUUCCAUCGCUAUGGCUGUGUCCUGCUAUUCGCUACCGGUUCUGGUCUGUUCGCAGUCCUGCCGAUCAUGAAGAGACUCAUGGAGCUCAUCAGACGUGCCGCCGCUUAUACGCAAUCUAUAAGGCUCGUGUGGUACACCGAUCGACUAUACGACCCCAUGAGUGGUUGGAUGGACGAGCUUCUCCAGGCGGAUGUCGAUAAAUGCAUCCUGCAAGUUUCAAUCCACUCGAAAAUAAACCCUGCCAACCAACGAUCUUCUAAUUUCUGGGGUCAGAGGAUAAGAAGAGCGACUGAUAUCCCAGAUAUCCCGGGUUAUAUCAACGAAACUGUGAAUGACAAGAGGAUUGCAUCCUCCAAGAUCGCUAUAUGUCCGCCUUCCCUGAGCUUCGCCACAACAUUAGAACUGCAACCUUGCACGCCCGUACGUCUAGAGUGA